AUGUCAUCCGACUACGGAUCGGACAUUGACUCCGACGUCGCCGAUGUCGUCGACGAGAUCGUCUCGUCGCAGCAAGCUCCCCCUUCAUCCGCGCAAAUACCACGACCUGCGCUAAAGCCACUCAAUACCAACACCUCCCGCACACCUCCAUCGUCCCAUGAUAAAUCCGAUGGAAUCACUCUCCAGCAAUGGCACCAAGCUCCCUCAACGCCGCCGCCCUCGGCCUCGUCAUCGGAUGCCGAACCGUAUCGCCUGACGUUUGGCAAACAUGAGGGCAAGACGCUUGCGGAGAUACCAACGUCUUAUCAUACGUGGUUGAUUCGGAAUCCGAUUUCGAGUAGGCCAAUGGAGUUGAUAUAUGCGUUGGAGGAGUGGCAGGAGGAGAAGAAGAAUGGGGGGAAGGCGGCAUUGCAAGCGUCGCAAUCGCAAGCAUCGCAGGUGUCGAUGUCGUCGCAACCGCAAGCUACAUCGUCGCAAAUGCCGCUUUCUCCACCGUCGUCUCAACCCACGGCACCUCAAGAAUCGCAUGGUGCACCCCUAUACGUCCUUCCAUUCGGCGAAUACAAAGGCAAGACUCUGCUCGAGGUACCAGAGGACUACCUCUAUUAUCUUGGUGCGAGCGAAGACAAGUUGGCUACUUUGCCUGGUUUGGCUGACGCGCUCGGCAUGAUGAAGAAAGGCCUGCGUCCAGUCGCUAUGAGCACGACGGCGUCGGCUCAGUAUUCAUCCCAAGCUCUGCCACCGCCAUCAUCUGCACCUGGCCCGUAUAUGGGACAUGAACCGCCUGCUUCUAGCCAGGUUUCCAUGGCGAGUCAACCACAGCAGGAUCCGCCACCACCGUCGACUGCGCCUAGCCAUUAUUCCCUCUGCAAAGACGACGUCCCGAGUAGUUCGCAACCUCUCGCACCGCAGCUUUCUGCCUCGCAACUGACCCCACAACCCUCCUCCUCGCAACCCCCACCCCGUCGCGAACCAUACCGCUUCGACUUCGGCAAGUACACCGGGAAAACCAUCGCCGAAGUCCCUCCCUCCUAUAUGGCCUACCUCGACAAAGAAGGUGUCAUUAAGCAACGUCCCGACCUUGCCGCCGGAGUCGAUGAGUACGAACGCCACCACCCACCUAUCGGGACUCCGCAAAAGGGAGAAUACAGGUUCACAUUUGGCAAGCAUGUGGGAAAGACAUUGGCAGAAGUGCCCUCUCAGUACAUCUGGUGGCUCAAGGACAACACCACUAUUUCCAGGGACAAACCUGAGGUUGGUGCUGCUAUUCGGCAGUUUGAGCGGACUCAGAAGCGUACUCAGACUAAGACGCAGAAUCGGAGGCGGCAGAGGGCUUGGUCACCCAUGUGUCCAUGUUGUGAUUGA